AUGGCGUCGUCUGCGGACGUUCAUGUCCGAAUCUGCGGUCAGGAAAUCAUCAAAUAUGACCUGGAAAUCAAAGCCCUCAUACAGGACAUCCGGGAUUGUCCUGGACCACAGUCUGCUCUCAUGGAGCUUAACUCUCAGGUCAAACUGAAGUUCCAGCAGCUGAGGAUGAGAAUACAGGAUCUGGAGCAGAUGGCCCAGGAACAAGACAGUGAGUUGGACAGACUGGCCAUCCAGGCAGAGACGGAGAGCCAGCGACAACAAAUGUUGAGCAACCAGACAGCUUGGAGGAAAGCAAAUCUGGCCUGUAAGCUGGCCAUCGACAACAUGGAGAAGGACGAGCUGCUGCUUCGUGUAGAAAACCACAGCUUCAAACAGAAGAAGGCAACUAAAGAAAGUUUAGUGGAAACCAGCAGCAACAUCACAGAGAGUCUGAUGUCCAUCAGCAGGAUGAUGGCUGAGCAGGUGAAGCAGAGUGAGGACACCAUCAGCACUCUGGCCACGUCCUCCAGGACAGUGCAGGAAACCAACGAGGAGUUUAAAAGCAUGACGGGAACCAUCCACCUGGGCAGGAAGCUGAUCCUGAAGUACAACCGCAGGGAGCUAACAGACAAGCUGCUCAUCUUCCUCGCGCUGGCGCUCUUCCUCGCCACGGUCCUCUACAUACUGAAGAAACGCCUCUUCCCCUUCAUUUAG